CCAGCUCUUCCUUUCUUCCUCCACAAUUUUCUCCCUUAAAUUUCAUAUAUAUAUAUAAACUAAUUCUUGUCUAUCUUUCAUGUUAAACCAACUUUCUCUUUCCUCAUUUUUUUAUUACAAAUAAUUUAUUCAUUAUAUAAGUUAUAACUUAUAACCCUAAGUUUAUAAACACAUCCUUCCUCAAUUACUUAAUUUCUCUACUUGAAUUACAUACAAAAAAGCGAUUAAUAAUCCUUAAUCCUUAAUUAUCUUUCUAAUCAUCUUAUUAAUUAUUUGAUUAAUGGCGCCUGCAUCUUUUAUUCCCAUUUCCAACACGGUGUGUGUUAUGGAUGCUUCUGGUUUGCUUGGUUCAACCCUGGUAAGACGUCUUCUUCACCGUGGUUACAUUGUUCAUGCAGCGGUUCAACCCCAUGGUGAUGUAAAAGGAUUAAAGGGAUUAAGAGAUGAUCAUGGAAAAGACAAGCUGAAGAUAUUUGAUUGUGAUCUUUUUGAUUAUCAUAGUAUUAUUGAAGCUUUGAAAGGUUGCUCUGCUUUGUUCUACAAUUUUGAACUUCCAUAUGAUCAACCUGUCUACGACGAAUAUUCCGUUGAUAUUGAAGUUAGAGCGGCACACAAUGUAUUAGAAGCAUGUGCACAACUUGACACAAUAGACAAAGUCAUUUUCUCGUCAUCAGCAACAACCAUUCUUUGGAGGGAGGAUCGUAAAACUAUAUUUUCGGAAUUAGAUGAGAGACAUUGGAGUGAUGUGAGCUUUUGUCGUAAAUUUAAGUUGUGGCAUGCAUUAUCAAAGACAUCAGCCGAAAAGAGUGCAUGGGCAUUGGCAAUGGAUAGAGGGAUUAACAUGGUGACAGUCAACUCUGGAUUAUUAAUAGGUCCAGAUCUUACUAUUAGACAUCCAUACUUAAAAGGAGCGGCUGAGAUGUAUGAAGAUGGAGUGUUGGUGACCGUAGAUUUGAACUUCCUAGUGGAUGCUCAUGUUUGUGUCUUUGAAGAUAUUUCCACUUAUGGGCGUUACUUAUGUUUUAAUCAUGUCAUUAAUCGUCCAGAUAAUGCACUUAAGCUUGCUAAAAUUUUGAUGCCCACCACAACACUACAUCCUCAUAGUUUUACAAAAGAUGGUGAAAUGAUUCAAACGAGAAUUAGCAACAAAAAGUUGAAGAAUGUGGUUUUGGAAUUUGAAUCUCAUCGAGUUGAUUAAGAUCAAAAUCAACUUAUAUUUCCUAGCGAAAAAAUUCAACAUAUUAUCUUUAAUAUUAGAAAAUUCUUUUUCCUAGAGAUAGAUAUAUUAAUAUUAAUUAUAUCAUUGUAGACAUAGAAAAUUAGAGGCAAAUGACUCUAUUUUUUCAUUAAAUUUAAAAAAUUAAAUAUACGCAAAUUAUUACACGAAUGAAUAGGCGAGCGAUAUACUAUUUAGUAAAGUUGUUCAUAUAAUUGUGGAUUUAAGUUGUAGUUGACGCAUGACAUUAUUGACAUCAAAUCAAGUGGAUUAAAAUAGAUCCAUGAUAACCUCCCUAAAUAUAUUAAUCGCCACCCUUUCCUUUUCUCUCUUCUCUCCCUAAAAAAAUCCUAAUCUCCAUAGUUAAUUUAGAGUUAUCAUCAAUCUUUUAGUUGACCGUAAGCCCCUAAAUUUUUCCAUUUUAAAGCUUUUUGAAUAUGAUUAGAAUAAAUUUUUAUCCUCUCUACAGGAGAGUUGUUCUAUUCAUUCAUUAUAUUGGGUUUUGAUUUCUCUCUUCGUGAGAGUUUGGAGUUAUGAAGUUCAGUAUUUAAUUGAUUUGUUGGUAGAGAUAAAUGCGAUAAUGCAGCAAACACUAAAAUUGCAAUUACCAUCGACUAUAUCAAAUUCAAUUCUAUCUCAAGACUACAACAGGUCAAAGACCCCCCUCGUAGAAGGCUGUGUCAAACAACGAUGUGAAAGAGGAUAUUCAGAAUUGUCUGAUCUCAUAUACAACUAUCGUAGUUUUGUUAAUUUUGAAUUAUCUUUGGUUAAAGUUGUUAUGUACUUGUUAAUUUUUAUCUCUGAUGUAGAUGUCGUAUGACUCUUUAUUAAUGAAUCAGGUAUUAUUCAACAAAAAAAAUAAA